GAGGCCCCCGCGGCCGCAGCCGCUGCCCGGGCCGGGCGCCCGCGGCACCAUGAGCCCCCGCUCGUGCCUGCGGUCGCUGCGCCUCCUGGUCUUCGCCGUCUUCUCGGCCGCCGCGAGCAACUGGCUGUACCUGGCCAAGCUGUCCUCGGUGGGGAGCAUCUCGGAGGAGGAGACGUGCGAGAAGCUCAAGGGCCUGAUCCAGAGGCAGGUGCAGAUGUGUAAGCGGAACCUGGAGGUGAUGGACUCGGUGCGCCGGGGCGCCCAGCUGGCCAUCGAGGAGUGCCAGUACCAGUUCCGGAACCGGCGCUGGAACUGCUCCACGCUCGACUCCCUGCCCGUCUUCGGCAAGGUGGUGACGCAAGGGACUCGGGAGGCGGCCUUCGUGUACGCCAUCUCUUCAGCAGGUGUGGCCUUCGCCGUGACGCGGGCGUGCAGCAGCGGGGAGCUGGAGAAGUGCGGCUGUGACCGGACGGUGCACGGGGUCAGCCCGCAGGGCUUCCAGUGGUCGGGGUGCUCGGACAACAUCGCCUACGGCGUGGCCUUCUCCCAGUCCUUCGUGGACGUGCGCGAGAGAAGCAAGGGGGCCUCGUCCAGCCGCGCCCUCAUGAACCUCCACAACAACGAGGCCGGCAGGAAGGCUAUCCUGACACACAUGCGGGUGGAGUGCAAGUGCCACGGGGUGUCGGGCUCCUGUGAGGUAAAGACGUGCUGGCGAGCCGUGCCGCCCUUCCGCCAGGUGGGCCACGCACUGAAGGAGAAGUUCGAUGGCGCCACCGAGGUGGAGCCGCGCCGUGUGGGCUCCUCCAGGGCACUGGUGCCACGCAACGCACAGUUCAAGCCGCACACGGACGAGGACCUGGUGUAUUUGGAGCCCAGCCCGGACUUCUGCGAGCAGGACAUGCGCAGCGGCGUGCUGGGCACGCGGGGCCGCACGUGCAACAAGACGUCCAAGGCCAUCGACGGCUGUGAGCUGCUGUGCUGUGGCCGCGGCUUCCACACGGCGCAGGUGGAGCUGGCCGAGCGCUGCAGCUGCAAGUUCCACUGGUGCUGCUUCGUCAAGUGCAGGCAGUGCCAGCGGCUGGUGGAGCUGCACACGUGCCGGUGACUGCGGCAGCCACGCCACCAACCACCCCGUGGCCCGGGGAGGGCCGGUAAUUUAAACAGUCCCCCCGCACCUACCCUGAAAGAUACUGGUUGUAUUUUUUGUUUUGGUUUGGUUUUUGGGUCCUCAUGUUAUUUAUUGCUGAAACCAGGCAGGUGGCCCCAAGGGCACCAGCAGGGCCUCCCUGAAGCCUGGGCCUUUGUGGCUGCCACUGACCAAAGGGACCUUGCCUGUGCCUCUGGUUGUCCACAUGUGGCCACUGCUGACCACUCGGUUGUUACCUGUAUCUGUUUUUCUACUCGCAGACUUAAGCUGGGUAACAAGGAGUGUUCGCCACAUGCCUACUGACCCUGCCAUCUAGGGAAGGAGGUGGCCCUAUGGCCAGGGGAAAUCGGUGCCAUCUUGAUGGAAGUUGCACCCCUACACAUACACACCUGACCCCUGGCAGCUUCGGCCUUGUAGCCUUGUCUCUCAAGCCCCCUGGAAAGGGAGUGCGCAGAUACCAGCCCAAGGGCAGAGGGUUCGCUUCGGCCCUCCAUGAGCAGCUGGAGGUUCAGUCUCUGUGGAACCUUCCAGGCAGGAAGAGCAGAGGAGACAAGGGCAAGAGAAGGCUCCAGGCCCACCCCGGAGCCCAGCCCACCCAGCCUCCCCAUCACAGAGGGGAAGCCGCCACUCCCCGGGCCCUCCCAGGCAGAAGCACCAGCUGUCAUCCUGGAUCAGAGGUCCCAGCCGGGCCUUUGCAGGGACACCUCUAUGCCUGUCUCCUCAUGGUGCUGCUCCUCUGUGAGAUAAAGAAUGGAAUCACACCCAUAGAGGAACCGGCCAGUGAAAAGCCCUUUCCCACCCAUUACUUCACACACUGAACCAAAUUUACUGAGCAAAUACUAUGUUCUAGGGCCUCUACUGGGGCAUCUCAGAGGAUGAUCACAACAGUCCUGGGACGUGGACAAGACAGAGAUGCUUGUGCUCACUCUACAGGAGAGGGGGCAAUGCUCAGCCGGGUCCCAGAGCACACUGGCUGCAGAGGCACAGCCAGGGGAGCCCUGCAGCCAAGGCUCCUCCUGGGCACCUUACCCAAAGGCCUGCUUGGGUCCCAGCCUUGGGGAGGGGCACUACCUGGAGGAAGAGGGGCCAGGAAGCAACAGGAGCCAGAGACUACAGGCGAGGCCUAAAGGCCACAUGGUUCCAGGGGGCACAACAGGUUCUACGGGAAGCAGUGGACAGCUAGAGGGCUGAUGAAGUGAGGGGGUCAGCAGCUGAGGCACCCCUGCCGCCAGGGACCCUGGGCACAGAGGAAGAGUCUCCCAGAUAAAGCAGUGGCAGCCUGGGCCCAGCCCUAUGCCCAGCAAACCGGUAGGAGCACAAGGCCAACCUGUGUGAGUAGGACAUGCACACAGCAAGGUUCGGCCUGACCCCGCUGCUGCUUCUCAGGAGGGCUCCCAACCUCCAGAGGAGCUCACCGGAGGCCCAGUCUCCAAGCUGCCCCCUUAAUGGGGCGCCAGGCUCCUGGUUUGAGAUCUUGAGUUCUUAGAUCCCCACCGGAGGUUCUCAGACCCCAAGCUCCUGGCUCCAGGGUUCCACGUCUGAAUUCAAAGUCCCAGUUUGAGAAUACAGGCUCCAGCCUGUAGAAACUCUCCUCCAGGCCUUGCGGUUUGUGCCUCCUGGUGUUGGCUCCCUCACUGAGAGGGUCAACACCCUUGGCCCCCAGCCAAGCUCUCUGCUCAAUGUCCAUCCACGAAGAAGGCCAAAACCAAGUGAGAUGCUGCAGCCACACUGGAAUGAGGGGUAAUCGUGGGGCGGGCAGGCUCUGAUGUGGAUGAAAGCUGAGCCCACUAAGUGUCCCCACAGCGGCCCAGCUGGGCUCACUGCUCCUCUGGCAGGCUCUCUUCAGCUGUCUGCUCAGUGCCAGGGAAAAUGCUAGCCCUCACUGGCAAAGGCCAGACCCAGACAAAGGAAACAGGGGAGACCCCUCCCCCUGCAGAGACAGGGCAGAGGCACUCUUCCCCAACCCCGGAUCCUGUGCCCAGAGCCAGGGGACUGCUAGGUCCAGGUUGGAUGCUGGUAUUACAGAUAGUGCCCCAGAAGAAGUGAGAGGGUCUGUGUCCGCUCACAGGCGUCACCUUUCCACCUGCCUGGAGACUCUCUCAAGGCUGACCAUUCUGGGCUUCUGAAGGGUAUGACCUGUGUAAAGGAGACUAGAUUCUAGGAACCUCUGCCCAACCCUUCUGCUGCCACCACCAGCAACCCAAAGGCCGAAGGGACCCACAGCUGCAGGAAAACGGAGCUUCCUUGGACACACCUACAUCCAAAGUGUCCCAAAUAAAGAGGUGGAACCAGCACAUACCUGACGUAGCCCACCCACUCUAGAAGCUGGCCGGAGGAUCCAAGUCCUGCCCGAAACCCUCUCCACUAGUCUCCACAAGACAAAGGUGAUGUCCUCUGAGGCCUAGGGCUGGAUAAGCCCCAGCUCGGGAUGCUGCUACUUCCUUUGCUGCCCUACCCCAUCCUCUAAUUUUUAUACUAGGCCCCUUGCCAUUGUGACAUCCCCAUGAAAUAGUCUGAUGCACGAUAAAAUGAUUAUUUCUUUAU